AUGCACGUCCUCGUAAUCGGGGGCAGUGGGCGCACUGGCAAGCUCACAGUCAAUGAGCUCCUUUGUCGACGACAUCAAGUUACCACUCUGGUUAGAAAGCCUGAAGCGAUGGAAAAUCUCCCUGGGUUAAAGGUAGUCAAAGGAACUCCCACUGAGAUAGCGGACGUCAGAGCUGUGUUUAACAACAACAUCCCCGACGUCGUGAUUGUGACUCUCAAUGCCCCCCGCGCAACUGACAGCCCAUUUUCCGCCCCCAUUUCGCCGCCACGACUGAUGGCGGAUUGCAACGCAAACGUCGCGACAGUGAUGAAGGAGAAUGGCGUGCAGAAGAUGGUCAUCCUGCAGGCCUUCGGUGCAGGAGAAUCCUGGAAUAACAUGCACAGUAUAUUGCGUCUACUUAUGAGCAAAUCCAACAUGAUCUACCAGUACAACGACCACAACGACACAGAGCGGGAGAUCAGGGCCACUGGUCUGACCUACGUUUUUGUCCGUCCCUCUCGGCUGGUAGAGACCCAUGCCACCAACGUGAAAGUGUGGCCGAAUCACGGCCGGGGGGUUCCCCUGAUGGCGAGCACCAGCCGCGUUAGCGUGGCCCGCUGGCUGGUCGACGCGGCGGAAACAAAUAAAUGGGAUAAUACAGCCCCUGUGAUCACUAAUUAA